UGGCACGUCAGCAAUGAUUUGUGAUAUGUGACAAAAUAUAGAAAACGUCUGGUUACAAAUUUAUAUAUCAAUUUAUUUACUUAUAUAUCUACUGAACUUUCUAAAAUUCGGCGUCUGCGCUACAAACUACACUUGUGAAGUGAAGUGAACUGAAAUGUUUAUAUUAUCCUUGGUAAUAUAUUUAUGAUCAGCAGGAAUAUUUGGAAUCUAUACUCGACAUGGCUGCAUCACACAUUUUAAGUGCCGUGGAGCCAACAGUUGGUGGUGGAGGAUCACGGAGCGGUCGAGAACGAGAAGUGAAUGUCGCUUUGGACGACCGUGAGCUAUGGAUUCGCUUCCAGACUCUUACAAAUGAGAUGAUAGUCACUAAAAAUGGACGACGAAUGUUUCCCGUAGUUAAAGUAACAGCCAGUGGGCUGGACCCGACGGCGAUGUAUACCGUUCUACUUGAAUUUGUUCAAGUUGAUAGCCAUCGGUGGAAAUAUGUUAAUGGAGAAUGGGUUCCCGGCGGCAAGGCAGAAGUUCCUCCAUCUAACGCGAUAUACAUUCACCCGGAGAGUCCUAACUUUGGAGCGCAUUGGAUGAAGGAGCCAAUAUCUUUUGCUAAAGUCAAACUUACGAAUAAAACAAACGGCAAUGGACAGAUAAUGUUAAAUUCGCUACACAAGUACGAACCACGAGUACACCUAGUAAAAGUUGGUACUGAUUUACGACGGAUAAUGACGUACCCAUUUCCUGAAACCCAGUUCAUUGCUGUAACAGCAUAUCAAAAUGAAGAAGUGACGUCACUGAAGAUCAAAUAUAACCCUUUCGCUAAGGCAUUCCUAGAUGCUAAGGAAAGACCAGAAGGCUAUUAUCAAAGAGAUUUUGUUGGGACACAUUACCCGCAACAGAGUUCUUCUCCACACCAGUAUCCGCAAUUUGGUGGCUGGUUCGUCACUUCGCAACCAUUGUACGGUAGUAGUAACUCUGCAUCAAGAAGACCAGCACCUUAUCCUCCACGACCUCCAUCACGGCCGCGAACAUUGUCACCACCGUCUACCUACUCAACCACGGAAAGGUCAACAGCGCCGGCCACAAACAGCAGUGGCAGUUACACAUGGGCUGGAAGUAGCAGCUAUUGGAGUUCCCAAGGGAACAGUCCACCGCAACCAAACAAUACUUCACCUGUUCCGUAUAGAACGCCACCACAUGCGUAUCCUGCGCCCUUAGAGUAUACAUCAGCUCCUCCUACAAGUUCUUCAGCGCCAACAUCCACUGCUCCUCUCUACCCAUUGCAGUACGAUGCUCCCGCCCAACAUCAUUCACCGUAUUACCAGCAUGCUUAUACACCUUACGCUCAUCAUGCGAUUGAGGAUAUUUCUUAUUGGCCCAAUAGCUUAAACAGCUACGGUUAUCAGCCAUCAGAAUAUGUCGGUACUGGUGAAGUUUCCUAUUCUACUGAAGGCAUGUCCUUUGCUAAUUCCGGAGCACCGCUUGAGGCCAACACAGCCAGUCAAGACGAACGUGCCACACCUCAAAGCUCUGAGCACCAGUCCGGUGACAGAGAAUACAAAUACAACGCUGACGAAGAACGACACUCUCCAUGUGAAGAUGCGACUCUGCCCUCGCGUUCGCCACCACAGUGACGGAAUAGUUAAUUCAAAAUAGUUUUAUAAAUAAAUUAUAUAAUACCUACUUGAUAAUUGUAAAAUGUAUGUUUCAUUUAAAAUUUAAAUUAUAAUUAUUAGGUAUUCAUAAUGCUUCUAGACAAAUUUAUUGAUUGAGUGAAGAAAAUUUGAAAGAAAGUUGGGUAGGUUUAUAUUGUUGUACAAAAAGAUCAUGCAUUGAUUAUAAUUCUAAUAAAUAUUUAAAUAGAAAAUGAUGAUAUUACUCAAUUCAUUCUAAUAAAACUAACAAGCACAAAGUUUUUCAUCGAAACGCAUUCCUAUUGGUACGGGAGCUACCAACGUUUUAAAAAAAGUCAUUUUAGUAUAGUUGUGUUUUUGAUAUGCUGUUUCUCUUGCUAUUUCGGUUAGAGUCCGGGCUGUCUGGCUGGCGG